AUGAAUUUAGGUGUAGCUGGAAGUGAGGAGUUUUCGUCUACGACGUUAUUGUGUCAAGUGUGUUCAGACAAAGCAAGCGGUUUUCAUUAUGGUGUGUUUGCAUGUGAAGGAUGCAAGGGAUUCUUUCGUCGUUCUAUCCAGCAAAAAAUUCAGUACCGCCCAUGCACACGAAGUCAAGAAUGUUUGAUCGUACGAAACAACCGUAAUCGCUGUCAAUACUGUCGUCUGAAGAAGUGUAUCAUGGUGGGAAUGUCACGAGAUGCGGUUCGUUUUGGACGUGUGCCGAAACGUGAGAAAGCGAAAAUGGUUGAGGAAAUGCAGAGAACGUCAGCCCAAUCGCAGCUCGAUGCACUGGUUGUGCAAUUCGAAAGUGAAUCUGACGCUAUCGAGAGGAUCGCGAAUGCAUUUAUGUUACUGUGUGGGACGGUCGAGUCAUGCAUUGUGCCACUGCCGACCGGUCGCUGCCCACUGCAGUUUCACUCGUAUUUUACGGCUAUCAAGGCCGUCGUCGAUUUCGCGAAUGCGAUCCCAGGAUUUCUCUGCUUAUCGCAAAGUGAUCGUAUCCAGCUUCUCAAGAGUUGCGUGUUCGACGUACUACUUCUGGCAUCAGCAUCAGAGAGUGGUCACCCUGAAGUAACCAUUUCUACGUCACCGCUUCUGGCACAUUCUCUUGUCCAUCUUUCUUACCGCCUUCGCUCCCUGCCACCUGGUUGUACUUCACUGCUAGCUUCAUUGGUAGUUUGCCAGCAAGACCUACUGUUACCACUUCCGUCGCUCUCGACUCGUCUAGCAGAACGUCUGUGGUGGCUAAUGGCCCGUGUUGGUGGACCUGCCACACUAGCUGUUUCGCCAUCACUCCUGGCCGACAUUCGCACACUUCGAAUGUGGCACAACGAUCGCUUACGAACAUCUUCUGUGCCCUCGUGCAUUCCGCUUCCAUCAACUAUCUCUAACAUCGAUGUAUCGCCGCCUAUGCGAUCGUUCCGCGAACGACACGCUUCAAUAGCUUCCCUUCUAGAAAAGCCUCCGGUCUCCAUGCUUUCGCCGACAUCUUUUUCCAGCGAACCUAAUAUGAGGAUAGAAAUUAAGCUGGAGGAAAACGACGAACCACUGAACCUCUGCACCAGAGAGGAGUCGAAGCCUUGUUCCGUAGCUAAAGCUUUUAUAAAUCAUGUUACGCCGUCACUAAAUUUGGUUACGAAACUACCUAUUAAAGUCAAACACGCAUUUCUCGCUGACCUUUUCACAGUCAACAAUAUGAAUUCUUCCGCAGUUCGAGACAAACGCGAUAAGAAGAGCUUGAAAGGAGAAAUUCCUGAUUUCCAUCGUCUAGCAAUGAAAAAUGUGACGCUUGGCGCAGUUUUAUAUUUUAAAACUCUGUGGAUCAUAAUGGAUCUUAGUCACUAA